AUGUGGAAGAGUUGCCUCUUGCUUCGUUUUUCAGAUGAUUCAUUUACACCUUCGUUUAUUACUACAAUUGGUAUCGACUUUAAGAUUAGAACAAUCGAAUUAGAUGGAAAGCGAAUCAAACUUCAAAUUUGGGAUACUGCUGGUCAAGAACGUUUUCGUACAAUCACCACAGAACAACAUGCAAGUGAAGGAGUUAACAAGAUUCUUAUUGGUAAUAAAUGUGAUUGGGUUGAAAAAAGUGAAAUUAACAAAGAACAAGGUCAAGCGCUUGCUGAUGAAUUUGGUAUCAAAUUUUUGGAAACUAGUGCUAAAGCCAACAUCAAUGUAGAAGAGGCUUUCUUCAGUUUGGCAAGGGAUAUCAAGAAAAGACUUAUUGAUACACACUCCCAAGAACAACAAACUCAUCAAAAUAAAAGACUUGAACUGGAUAAUAAGCAUCUUAAAUCUAACUCUAAUUGUUGUAAUUAA